UUUCUAUUAAUAUCUCCCAGUGAGAUGCAAGGCAAGAACAAUAAGAGGUUGGCUUAAAAGAAGUCGACAUUGUUCCUGAGCAUCAUUUCAUGGUGUAUCCCCCUUUUCAGUCCUGUGUUAGAGGUUGAAUCCAGAUUGUAAAGAUGCCCGAGCAAGAGAGAAAGUCCAAGAUUUCAGCCUCGCGUAAGCUGAUGCUUAAGAGCCUGAUGGUCGCUAAAGCAAAAGAGAUGUUGGAGCAGGAGAUGAUGGAUAAGGAGGAGGAGAAGCAGCAGUAUCUGGAAGAGAAAGCUCCUGCUAUACAGACAGGUGGAAUGUCUAUUACAGAGCUUCAGGAAAUGUGUCGAGAGCUCCAUGCCAAGAUAGACGUUGUGGAUGAAGAACGCUAUGAUAUUGAAGCAAAAGUGCUGCAUAACAACAGAGAGAUAAAAGAUCUAAACAUUAAAGUCUUAGACUUGAGAGGGAAGUUUAAGCGGCCCAAUCUGAGAAGAGUGAGAGUGUCUGCAGAUGCCAUCCUGCGCUCUCUCUUGGGUUCCAAACACAAGGUGUCAUUAGACCUGAGAGCAAACCUCAAAUCAGUCAAGAAAGAGGACACAGAGAAGGAAAAGACAGUAGAGGUAAGUGACUGGAGGAAAAAUGUCGAGGCCAUGUCUGGAAUGGAAGGCCGCAAGAAAAUGUUUGAUGCUGCCAAGGGGCCUGUGCAGUGAUCAACAGGACGUCGGCUCAGUUGAGAGUGAAGCGCUGGAAUACUGACAGCUGCUUAAUCAAGUCAAGUGAAAUUUUAUAAACUACUUUAUAGAUUUUGUUGGUGUACUGCCUGUAGCCUUUCACAUUUACAUACAUUAAGUCAGAUUACGUGUCCGUUUGUAUCAGGGUUUUCUCUUAAUGGAAAUUACUUUUCUCUGUCCAGUCUGCAAAUUAAGAAAUUCAAGUGAAAUAUAUAAAAAAAAUUCCAUUUAGCUCAUUCAGAGAUGACAUUAAUCGCAACACUGGAUUGUCAGACCCAUAUACGUGUUUGUUUGAUAGUGACCUUCUCAAUAAAUUACAAAUAAAAAUGUCAUUUCUAUAAACA